GAAUCGAAGCCGCUUUCGGGAGCGCGCGCGCUGUGAUCCCUGGGCGGCGGCGUGCACGGCGAAGGCCGCAGUUGUAUCGGGCGCAGCCGAGAUGGCGCCACUUCGGGAGUCGGGCGCCGGGCCCGACCCGCCGCUCGCCGCCGCUGGAUGCCACUUGAUGAACUUCCUCCGGCGGUGAGCAAGCAACCUGCGGCGCCGCGCGGUUCCUCCGGCGCCGGAUACCGAGGGCCCGCUUCCGUCCUUCCGCUCCUGCUGGCCAUGCCUUGCCUGACAGCACGCCGGGCGUAGGCGACGCGCCGACAGCUUCGCAACUUACCCCCAGGAGAGAGCAGGGUCUGCCUGGUGUGCUGAGUGGCGCGCUGGCGACACGCGACGGCGCGGACACCGACCGGGGCGGGGCCGACGGUGCCAACCCGGACAUGGGGCCCGGCAGCGUGGACCUGUCGGACCUACGGCGCCGUUACUCAGGCCGGUUGCGGCAUUCGCUGCUACUAACACUGCUAGCCGCCCUGGUGGUGCUGGGCCUGACCUUCCUUCUCCUCGUGCUCCUGCUGUAUCCACACGACUUCGCUCAGGACCUGCGGCGGUUCGUGGUGCUGAGCGUGGCGUUGCUGGUGGCUCUGGCGCUGCUGGUCCUGCUGGCACUGGUGCCAGCCGAGGCGUUGUUGAGGCGCUGGGCACUGCCGCUUGGCCUGCUCGGCUGGCUGCUGCUGUCUGCCCCCACAUUAGCCUGGACGGUGGCGAAAGAGCACAUCUCGCUGGUGGACCCCCUAGCCCCUGCUUUCGUGGCCGCCUUCCUCCUACAUGUCCUUCUGCCACUGAAGCCGCUGGCAGCUCUACUUAUGGGCCCGCUGACCUCUGCCAGCCUCAUGGCUACCACGGCACUGCUCGCAGACUGGGACACGCGCCACUUUGGCUAUCAGGUUGCAGCUGCUUCGCUCUUCCUGUCGAUGGCGACUGCUGUGGGCUGGUACCACCGUCACAUGCGAGACGCAGCGCAGGGCGGCAGUUUCGCCUCCACACAGGAGUGCAUCGAGGCGCGCAUCAAACUCGAGUACGAGAAGGAGCAGCAGGAACAGCUGCUGCUCAGUGUGAUUCCUGCCUACAUCGCAGCCGAAGUGAAGCGCAGCAUCAUGCUCAAAAUGGCUGAUGCCUGUCAAACUUCCGCGAAGAGGAGCCGCCAGCGCUUCCACGAGCUGUACGUCCAGCGCCACAACAACGUCAGUAUCUUGUACGCGGACAUCGUCAACUUCACGAGACUAUCGGAACAACUCUCCGCGUCGGACCUGGUGCAGACGCUCAACGAGCUCUUUGGCCGCUUUGACCAGAUUGCGCAGGAGAACCACUGCAUGCGAAUCAAGAUCCUCGGUGACUGCUACUACUGUGUGUCGGGUCUACCGGUCUCCAGGCCAAGCCACGCCUACAACUGCGUCAGGAUGGGCCUACAAAUGAUCGAGGCCAUACGUGUGGUCCGUGAGGCCACAGAGGUGAACGUGGACAUGCGCAUCGGGGUGCAUACGGGAAAUGUGCUCUGCGGUGUCCUGGGCCUACGCAAAUGGCAGUACGACGUGUGGUCCGACGACGUCACCUUGGCCAACCACAUGGAGUCCGGCGGUGUCCCCGGGCGCGUGCACAUCACGAAGGCCACGUACCACCAGCUGGACGGCAAGUUCGAGACCGAGCCCGGAAAUGGCCAGCAGCGGGACCAGUACCUCGCCGAGCACCAGAUUGAAACAUUCCUCAUCGCCCCACAGAAGAAAGAUGCCUCCGAGGAGAGCCCGCAGACGGUACGGGAGAACGGCAACCGACAUCGGUCCACCUCCAAGAUGUACAAGCACGUCGAGUGCUGGGGCGCCGACAAGCCGUUCGCCAACAUAUCUGAGACCACCCUGGCUAAGAACGUCGGUCUGACGAGCCUGGCUUUGAUUGAGGCAAACCUCCUCCCCGAUUCAGGAGUUCCAUGGAACUUCAGGCGCUGUUCUCCCGACGGUCUGAACCCUGUGUUGCUGCGCUUCGAAGAUACAAACUUGGAGACCCAGUUCCAGAACCAGCCGGACCCACAAUUCCCACAGUGCGUCGUCGGCUCGGCGCUCCUCUUCACCGCCAUCGUCAUCGUGCAGCUUCUCACGCUCCAAGUCCACUUGAUGCUCCUGUGCGUGCUCGCCUCGGCCUCCAUUGUCCUGGGUGUGCUCACCUUGGCCGCAUGCACGCGCCAGUGUCAGAGCAUGGACGGCGAGACUUCAGCGCACCCUACAGCUACCCAUCACCCCCCGUGCAUUCCUGGACUUGCGGGGAGUCUGCUGCUUCGCAUCCUGUUCUUCAUUACCACAAUCCUCUUCAUUAUGUCGGCGACGUUCAUAAACAUGAUUACUUGCGGAAGCACAGACGGAGAACGCAUCAUUUUGGCUAAUAAUGACAGCAACGGAAACUUCACGACUGCACUAAUUGAGGAAGUUCCUUACGACUGUGGACUCGUCCGUUACCAGCUACCAUGCUCAAUGCUAGCGCUGACAGCUGUGUCGGUGUACCUGAGGAUAAAUUUCCUCUUGAAGCUGCUGGCGAUGAUCAAUGGAUUGGCAUCAUUUUCCCUGGCAUUCAUUUUAUUUCGGUCGGACCUCUACGGGGACCCUCUGGAGCCUGAACCUGGGCUGUCGAACGUGCCCUAUAGCGCUUACGCAGCUCUUUUUCUCGUGUUCUACGUGGUUGUUCUUCACAUUUUGGAUAGGCAGGUGGAGUACAUGGCACGCGUAGACUUCCUGUCUCGAGCCAAACUACGAGUCGAGCACGAUGAGAUGGAGACAAUGGGAAGCAUCAACAAAAUCCUCUUGGAAAACAUCCUGCCGGCCCACGUCGCAGCGCACUUCCUGAACAGUAGCAGGCUCUCACAAGAGCUCUACCACGAACGCUACAGCAAUGUGGCGGUAAUGUUCGCUUCCAUACCAAAUUACAUCGAGUUUUACGACGAGACUGACGUCAACAAACAAGGGCUGGAGUGCUUGCGGCUUCUUAAUGAGAUCAUAUGUGACUUCGACAAGCUCCUCUUGAAGCCAAAGUUUAGUGUUAUUGAGAAAAUCAAGACCAUCGGCAGCACCUACAUGGCCGCAGCUGGCCUUCAACCCGGUCGUGAAGAAAAUGGGGACAAGCCACGUGAUGAUCACAACGUCGUCAGCCUGGUGGAGUUCGCCAUCGCCCUCACGGCGCUUCUCGAACAAAUAAACAGAGAAUCAUUCCAACGCUUCAAGCUCAGAAUUGGUAUCAAUCAUGGCCCAGUGAUAGCCGGCGUCGUGGGUGCCCAGAAGCCCCAGUACGACAUCUGGGGCAACACUGUCAACGUGGCCAGUCGUAUGGACAGUUGCGGCGUCAUCGGCAGGAUUCAAGUCACUGAAGACACGGCCAAGAAGCUCCAGGAGUGCGGUUACGAGUGUGAGUGCCGGGGAUCCACUUACGUCAAGGGGAAAGGCACCCUGACCACGUACUUCGUCAAGACGCAGUUCGACAAGAACGACUCGUGAGCGACCACUCCCCGCAUCCGCCGGCUCCGUGCCAGUCGCGCAGCCAUUUCAGCUGGCCCACCCCUUGUUUCUGCUUCGGCACGCACAGACCGCCGAGUGGAAUAUGAGAGUCCGAAAUCGAAUGCCCGGUUCCUCUGCAGCACAACGCCUUCCAGCGGUGCAGAGUAGCGUACGCGCUAGCAGGGUGAAAGUAACUUGCCUGCUGUCCCACACACCUUCCAGGAGGUCACCCGCGUGACGUAGCCACAAUGGACUGAAGAGCUGCCCCUUAGACAACCAGCACAGACUGAAAAUAUGUAAACAUCAAGAAGCAAUUGCCACUGCAAGACAGGCGAGUGAAAUUUAUGAUCGCACUGAUGACUCUGUAGUCAUUCGUUGUUUAACGGCUGCCCUUAUUGUUAAUAUUGUGAGCAAAGUAUCGCGUAUAGCGUGUACAACGUUGGAGGAAUCAGGAAAACUAUAUAUUUAUCUUCAGAGGACCGCUUUACCAUCCUGUAGUAUGAACCUGUUAAGCAUCGUACAUUAAAUAUUUUUCUCUCAUCGUA